UCGUCUUUCUCCCCGUUUCCCUAAUCUUCAUCAAAAUCAGACUACACGAACUUGCUGGAGCACUGCUACCAACGCAAUGGAUAUCGAGAGCCUUUUUGAUCGCCUAGCUAGAAGGAAUGCGUUCCUCAUUCAUCUUGUUCGUUUCUACCGACAAUUACAUCCCACGCGCCCUCACGGCUUUACCAUCAAUGCCUUCAUCGUCGACAGAGUCACACAGCCUGUGCCGGCACCAUACUUCCCCAUACUUCUCGGUAGCUGGCGUGUCAUGGCCUGUUUCAUAUUUUGCAAUUCAUUUGUCGUCUAUUAUAUAAUCCUCUCCUCUCUCUGGUCAAGUUUCAGUGUGGUCAUUAUCUCCAUCAUACUUAUCCAGGUCAUUGCCUUGAUCUCUAGAGCGCUUGGGUUAGGAAGCGGUACUUUCACUAUUGGAUCGUUGCUUUCCAGUGUCGGUCAUUACUUUGCCACAAUUUGUCUAGUCGUGGUGUCGAAAGUAUCUUCAUUCUGGCCUUCCAUUUGGCCGUACUUCUGGCUAACAUACUGCCUGUCCGCCAUCCGUCGACGGCGCUUCUCGCAAAACUAUCACGAAGCCUGGAAAUUGAAACACCCCGAGAACUUCAUUCCCGUCUUCUUCGGACAGUCCGACUGCGUCCGAAUCCCGAUUCCAGGUCCCGACGAGCCUGGUAUGGAUGACCUUCAGAUGUGGAAACAUCUCCUUCUUCUAUCGCUUGUCUAGAAUCGAGGGUGGUUUCUCCCAGGUCCUGCUUCCGAAGGCGCUAGUGAGAUUUGAGAUAGUAGAAGUAAGUAAACUGAAGAUAUUUUUCACUGGUCAUCGU